AAGAAGUCACGUGGAGAAAACAUGGCGUCUUGCCGCAGAUUGCCCUUGCAACCGUUUAUCUGCAGUAAAUCAGCACACCUCGCCUGUAAUCGAAAUGUCCAGGUUCAAGCUUCAACAGCGAAGAGUUUAUAUCCGCCUAUUCUGCCAUCUCGGACCGCGAAAAGUAAGUCAGCCAAGAGACGUGUAGUGUCUGAAUUCUUCGAGCAGCUGCGCUCGUGCACGGCACACGAGAAAAUCAGAGCGCUCACGCGCGUACAGCGCAAAAAGUACGUGAUUUAUCCGCAGACAUUCGCUCUCAAUGCGGACAAAUGGUAUCAACACUACACCAAAACUGCAUAUAUCAGCGGUCUGCCCGAGAAAUACACCGCAUCCGCCGGGGACAGUUCAAUAGAUGAAUCGAUAUCUGAGUUUCAAUCCCUGGUCUGCAACUCCAUCUUACAAGAACACUGGUACAUGAAGAAAGGGAGAACUUUCACCCAUAAAGAGCAAGAGCAUUUUGCCACUCCUUUUGUAAGGAACAUAGUGUGUGGCCUGAGAAAUGUUCUGGCCAAAGAAAAUCCAGUGCUCGGCCUGUCUAGUUUAGAUUUUGACCCCCAAGUGAACUUUUACUGGUUGAGGGGAGAAAGGACAAUUCCAAGAGGACACCGGAGUGGACGGGUCGAGCCAAUGAGAUUCCAGAUUGAUGAUAAACCACACAGCCAGAUAAGAGUCCCACAACAACUUCCUGAGUUUGUUCCUCUGGAGGCAGAUAUCUCUGCUGAAUUUCCUGUAAUCCAUUCUGCACCUGACCUGCUACCUUUGUUCAGGAGACAGUAUGACAACAACAUCUUCAUAGGUGCCAAACUGGAAGAUCCCUGCUGCUAUGGCCACACACAGUUUCACAUGAUCCCUGAUAGGUUCCGCAGGGACAAAAGGAGAAAGGAAGGCCUCUCUGAUCAGAUUGAGGUGUCACUUAGAGCCAAUGGUAUUGCCAGCCUGUAUGCAUGGACAGGGGCACAGGCUAUGUACCAAGGAUUUUGGAGUGAAGAGGAUGUGAGCAGGCCGUUUGUGUCCCAGGCUGUUAUCACAGAUGGACAGCACUUCUCAUUUUUCUGCUACCAGCUCAAUACUCUGGCUUUGACCCCAAGGACCGACAGCAACAAUGCCAGGAAGAACUUGUGCUGGGGCACAGAAAGCAUGCGAUUAUAUGAGAGAAUCACAGACGGAGACGUGGUGGGCUGGAAUGAUGCCGUUAUGAGGCUGCUUGUUCAGUUUUUAUUGAAUGCGCCAAAAGUUUGAAAUGCAGGAGCAUAGAAAUGUAUGAUGAGCUUGUAUGUUAUGAGUGUCAAUAAACAUAAUACAUGC